AGGUGCAAAGUGCGGUUAUAAUUAGAGCAGCAGUCUGUCCCGAGUGCUCCACCAGCCACAGGGAGCACAGCUGGAUCUGCCAACAGUAUGCACAGGACUUGGAGAGGCUGCUCUGGCCUUGAAAAUGAUCCUUCUUAAAAGGAUUUUCCUCCUUCCUCAAGGGAAAGAAAACCCACUGAUAUAAAACCCCACUUGCCUUUCGGCUUCCCCUGUGACUGCCUCUCCAGCAGAGACAGAGCGCUGAUAAAUACAGGAGAAAGAAAAAAAUCAAUUCGGUCCUCUGCAGCAGCUGAUGCACGCCCAGCCACCUCCGGAAGUCUGCCUGCUCACAACCAAGGGACGCAGGUGCAGCACAUGCUGACUCAGCCCGCGCCAGGAAGCUUACAUGAUCUUAGCCUGACCAGGGAUUGAAACUGUACCCUCGGCAGUGAAAAAGCAGAGUCCACCAGACCACCAGGGAGUCCCCUCUUUAAUUUACUUCAGAUCGGGGGUAUCAGAGUUAUUAUACAAAGCCAGAAGAAAUUUGGAAACUAUGGGUAGGACACGCAGGCCUCCACCAGGGCAGCACAGACACUGUGAGAGAUGCUUCAACCGUCACUGCCACAUGCCUGUGGAGCCCAGUGUCUCUUGCCCAGUGAUAAACUGCCACCUGUCCUGUGGUGCUACCUUCCACAUGUGCAAAGAGGCUGAGCACGAGCUACUCUGCCCUUUAGAGCAGGUUCCGUGCCUCAACUCCGAAUAUGGCUGCCCCCUCUUCUUGUCCCGCCACAAGCUGGCCAAGCACCUGCAAGUGUGUCCUGCCAGCGUGGUCUGCUGCUCCAUGGAGUGGAACCGCUGGCCAAACGUGGACUCUGAAACAACGCUUCACGAGAACAUCAUGAAAGAGAUCCCCGAUGAGGAAUGCUUGGACACAGCCCUGGCCCUUCAGGACCAGAAGGUCCUUUUUAGAUCUCUGAAAAUGGUAGAACUUUUCCCAGAAACUAGAGAACCCACGGAAGAGGAACCUCCUAUGAAUGGUGAAGCCAGCUGGGAGGAAAUGGGUGGAGCGGUGGGUGGGGAGGAUGCUAGUUUGCUAACAGGCUGCUCUCUGUCAGCCAUGAAUGGGGAGGUGGUAGAGUUGAGUCAAGAAGAACGAGAGGUGUUAGCCAAAACCAAAGAAGGGAUGGACCUGGCCAAGUUUGACAAGUGGGAAAAUAUAUUCAGCAAAGAGCAUGCAGCCUCAGCUUUAACAAGCUCAUUAGCCAGCAGUGACAGCAAGAGCAGUAACGGCCCAGAGAAAGAACAGAUUUCCAGCAGCAAUAGAACGGUAGAGGAGGGAGCUGCCAAAGGAAAAGAACCACAGGAAGACCAGAAGCAGCAGGACUUUCACGCAACCAUAGAAAAGACAGGACUUGCCCCUUGGCAGGAUGGUGUUCUGGAAAGACUGAAAACAGCUGUGGAUGCAAAGGACUAUAAUAUGUACCUGGUGCACAAUGGGAGGAUGCUUAUUCACUUUGGUCAGAUGCCUGCUUGUACACCCAAAGAGAAAGACUUUGUUUACGGCAACCUGGAGGCUCAGGAAGUGAAGACUGUUUACACCUUCAAAGUCCCCGUGAGCUACUGUGGGAAGCGGGCUCGCCUAGGUGAUGCCAUGAGUUGUAGGCCAAGUGAGCACAAGGCUGUCGACACUUCAGAUUUAGGGAUCACUGUGGAGGACCUGCCCAAGUCAGAUCUCAUCAAGACCACCCUCCUGUGUGCUUUGGAAAGAGAACUCAAAGGUCACGUCAUCUCCGAGUCCAGGAGCAUUGACGGGCUAUUCAUGGAUUUUGCUACACAGACAUACAAUUUUGAGCCAGAACAGUUUUCUUCUGGGACGGUGCUGGCCGACCUCCUAACCACUGCCAACCCGAACAGCAACACGAACGGGCUCCAUGUGGAGCUCCACAGUGAGUGUGUGACCAGGAGACACAACAAGAGCAGCUCUGCCUUUACUUUCACCUGCAACAAAUUCUUCAGGAGGGAUGAAUUUCCCCUACAUUUCAAGAAUGUCCACACAGACAUUCAGUCAUGUCUCAACGGCUGGUUCCAACACCGAUGCCCCCUGGCCUACUUGGGAUGUACCUUUAUUCAAAACCAUUUCCGUCCCCCAGGGCAAAAGGCAAAAGUGAUAUACAGUCAGGAGCUCAAGACGUUUGCCAUCAAGCCGGAGGUUGCUUCAGAGCUGAGUGAGGGAAGGAAGAACAACCAUUUCUCAGGUUGUGAAGGAAAAAACCAGAAUUCUCUAACCAGCCUGCCCCUGGAAGUCCUGCAGUACAUUGCUGGGUUCCUAGACAGCAUCAGCCUGUCCCAGCUCUCCCAGGUGUCCGUGCUGAUGAGGAGUAUCUGUGCCACUUUGUUACAAGAGAGAGGGAUGGUCCUCCUGCAGUGGAAGAAGAGGAGGUAUUCCCAUGGAGGCACCUCCUGGAGAGUUCACAGAAAGAUUUGGCAAUUCAGCAGCCUCUUCUCCAAAAUCAAGAGCUGGGAGUUUAAUGAAGUUGCCUCCAUGUCUGAGCACCUGAAAUCCUGUCCCUUCAAUGUUGUAGAACGCAAGACUGACCCGAUUCUUUUGACCAGCAUGCGUCAGUCCCAUGAACAGGCCCGAGAGACCUUAGUCACCACCUUUAGAGCCAGACCACGAGGAAGACACACCUUACACUAAAGACUCGGAAGCCACCAUUCUUGGAUUCCUAUUCAGAGUUACUGAAGUUGGACAGAGUGUGAUUUUGAGAACUUUCUUCUAUAAAUUGCAAAUGUUAUCUAGGUGUUUUCGAACAUGCAAUGUCCUUCAAAACCUGAGUAGCAGCAUAAGGUGGAAAAUUUCCUAAGCCAUGGCUUGUAUAAUUGCUAUAGUGCCAUACUGAUAACUGAUAGCCUCCCUCCCCGUACUUAUUUUUUCUAAAAUAAAUCUAUCUGCGGAGUAAA